UAGCUACAUGUAAACCAUCUCAUGAACAAUUACUUGGUCAUUUAUUACUUGUUGCUGCUCAAGUCGCUAAGAAAGAAGGUCUUGAAAAAGAUGGUUAUCGUUUAGUUAUUAAUAAUGGACGAAAUGGUGGUCAAAGUGUUUAUCAUCUUCAUGUUCAUGUACUUGGUGGACGACAACUUGAAUGGCCACCUGGCUAG